AUGAAUAAUAAUAAUUUAUCACAAAAAUUAUCACAAAAUUUACUUGAAAUUUUAGAUAAUGAUGAAGAAUAUUGUGAUAUUGCUAUUGAAGUUGGAAACGAUAAUAACAUAAGAAUAUUUCGUGCACAUAUGGUUAUCUUAAAUUAUCGUUCAUCUUAUUUACGAAGAAUUUUGGCAAAAAAUAAAAAGAAAAUUGAUGAAACUUUUAUGAUACAAAUUAAAUUACCAAAUAUUUUACCGGAAAUUUUUCAAAUAAUAUUAAGAUAUAUUUAUGGAGGGAAAUUAUUUUUGAAAGAUUAUAAUAAUUUAGAUAUAGUUAAACUUUUAAUUGCCGCCAAUGAAUUAAAUCUUCAAGAAUUGGUUAUUUAUUUACAAUCUUUUUUGAUUAAAAACAAAACAAAUUGGACGGAACAGAAUUUUAAUUUGAUAUAUCAAACAAGUUUUGAUAAUGAUUCUUUCUUAGAACUUCAGGGGUAUUGCACAGAUUUAAUGUACGAAGCUCCACAUAAAAUAUUUAAGUCAUUAGAUUUUACUUCAAUUCCAGAAAAAAUUUUGAUCUCGCUUAUUCAAGGUCAUAAUCUCCAAAUGAAUGAAAUUCAAAUAUGGGAAAACGUUCUUAAAUGGGGUCUUACACAAAAUCCAGAACUUUUUUCAGAUUCCUCUAAUUAUUCAAAAGAUGAUUUUAGUUCUUUAAAGAAUACUUUACGAAAUUGUAUCCCUUUUAUUAGAUUCUAUAGUUUAACUUCUAAAGAAUUUUCAGAUAAAGUAUUACCUUACAAGGAAGUUCUACCCGAGGAUUUAUAUAUGGAUUUAUUAAGUUUACAUGACAAAUUAAAUUAUAAAUCAAGGCCACAAAUGUCUGAAAAGACUUAUCCUUCGGACCCUACUCCCCCUAUUCCUUCUACUACUACUUAUCCAGGAUAUACGGUUACCAAUACUAAUUCUCAAAAACAAGAUACUAAAGAAGUAGUUGAUCCUUUAAUUACCCGGAUACAGCCAUUACCUAAGAAUCCAAAUUACAAUCCAAAUUACAAUAAAUUUGGUAAACGCAACCAUAGACAGGGAAGAAGGUUUACUUCUCAGAUUGAAGAUCUCGAUGAAGAAAAGCUUAGUUCAUGGAGUAUUGAAAAACCAAUAAAGAAUACAUGGAAAAAACCUGUGAACAAUACAUGGGAAGAACCCACGAACGAUACCUACCGGGGCAAUUAUAAUGGAUACAUUCCUAGAUGGAAUACGGAAACGAUGAACGGUAAUAAUACAAAAAAGAAAAAAAAAUCGCAGAAAUGGUAAAACAAUUAAAACAAUGAUGUGAUUAAUAAUUAUUUUUCGAAUUUGAAUUAUUUUUUAUUUCAAUUUUUCUUUGAAACAUUUUUUUUUAUGAUAUUUUAAUAAUAUAAAAAAUUUUAGUUAUAUCAAUUCUUAUUUACCUACUUAAGUAUCAUAUUGAUUGGCGAAAAUAAGUAGCGGUAAAAAUAUUCGUGUUGAUCAAAACGCAUGCCAAAAGAUAAGAAAAUUAGUUACUAUUAUGUUUUUUAUCCUUACAAAGCGACAAUUAUGUACGUACUAUUGAGUAAAGUGUACUGCUGGUGUAACAGCACUGUAUUCCACUCAUUUUAGUCAACCGAACUCUGCAACUUC